GCAAGUAUGAUAUUGUGGCGUGUUGUGAAGCUGCAGACUAAUGACUUAGUGUGUUUGAUGAAUGAGUAACGAGUUGUUGCAGCCAAUGAAAACACGACAUGGCUGCCCACGCUUGACGCGCGGCUGUGCAGCGGUGGGUGGGAACGUGGAAGCGAUGUUGAAGUUUGAAUCGCAACAGCCGAGGAGGGCAGUGGAGAAAAGUUCCAACUGUCUCUUCGACGCCUUGUUUCUCUCAGUGGACGCACCAUGUCGUUCAUUCUAAUGAAAAAGAAACGAUUCAAAUUCAAAGUGGACUUCGACUUGGAAGAGCUGUCGUCGGUUCCCUUUGUCAACGGCGUUAUUUUUUGUAAAGUUCGCCUCUUGCGCGGAGGCUUCGUCCAGGAGUCUUCUCGGGAGCCCGUCCAAGCCAACUGUGUGCACUGGAGGAAGCGAUUCUCUUUCAUGUGUAAGAUGAGUGCAAAUGCCAGGACAGGUGUCCUGGACCCUUGUGUGUGUCGGGUGUCGGUGCGCAAGGAAUUAAAGGGUGGCAAAGCAUUUGCAAAGCUGGGCUUUGCUGAUUUAAACUUGUCUGAGUUCGCUGGGUCGGGCAGCACCACAAGGAGGUGCCUCCUGGAGGGAUAUGACACCAACAAGACCAGGCAGGACAAUUCCAUUCUCAAGGUUGUCAUCACUACACAACUCAUGUCUGGAGACCCCUGUUUUAAAACCCCAUCGUCUACAGCCAUGACUGUGUGUAUACCUCAGGCUGAGGCCGAGUGUCUUCUCGAGGAGAGGAAGGGAGGAGACAUACACACAUCCCAUUCAGCAACAGGUACUCAAGUCCCAGCAGAGGAAAGGUUUACCAGCGGCCACACCAGAACAUCCAGCUAUACUAGUCAACAGUCUAAAGUCUCAGGCUACAGUUCGACUCAUUCAAGUUCACCAAAUCUGAGCCAUCGAAGGAACGAAUCAGGAGGUUCUUCCUCUUUAGGCAUCGACAGCAUUCCGGAGUCAAGUGAACAGCAUGUGGACAAGGAGAGCCGGUCCUCUCCUCUAGUCCCUGCAAGAUGCCUUUAUACAGCCGAACAAAACUCCACAGCUACCAAAGCUUUUAGACAUCCGGUCAAGCAGAACUCAAUGGAGAAUCAGCUGACGAGGGUUAACGCCACCAGGGUUAAUGCGGACGACAUCAUUGACAAAAUCCUGCAGGGUCAGGAUUUCAGUCACAGUAUCUUGGACUCCAGUGCAGAGGAGGAAGGACUGAGCUUAUUUGUAGCGCCCGACGGGAGCACUGCUUUGGGAAGCCAGCACACUCGGGUUGCAGCUGGAGCCUUCGAGCAAGUGGUGAUCAAGCGCUAGGCUGUUGGAAGCCAUCAUGAAGGGUGUCGUGUUACACUAAUGAGUAAAAGUGGCAUCACUGCCACCUUGCCUCAUUCUAUGCAGAAGUAUAAAAGUACCUACCUAAAGAUUCUGUUGAACAGGAAAGCCCUUUAUUGUCCAAGGACUGAUGUUGCAGGCCAGCCAGUCUUUUGUUGUUGUUUUAAAAAAAGUUUUUUUUUUUUUUUAAACAUUUGUAACUUAAGUAGGCAGUGCUAUCAGUCAUCUUGAAAUGUAUGUUAAAAAAUCAAGUGGUUCAUUAUUGUCAUAAAUAAAACAUGCAUCAGUUGAGGUCUUCAUAAUAACUGAGUGUGUGUUUUAAAUGUUUCUUCAAGGUGGGAUGUUGCUAUAGUUAUUCUUAACAAAUCUAGAUAUUUACAAACAUUUCUAGCCCAUUUUUACGGAUGGUUCCAUCAUUAGGACUGUGCCUUUUGAAGGUUAAAGUCAUAAAUAUCACACCACAGCGUUGUUUUUCAUUUAAAUCACCAGUAAUCUAUUUAUUUAUAUCUGCACCUUAUUGCUUUUUUAUCCUGCACUACCAUGAGCUAAUGCAACGAAAUUUUGUUCUUAUUUGUACUGUAAAGUUAAAAUUUGAAUGACAAUAAAAAGGAAGUCGAAGUCUAA